AUGGCGAAAACUGCUGUCGUCUUGUUCGUCGCGGCCGUGGCCGCUGCCAUCCAGGAUAAAAUAACGCCCAGCGUGGUUCAAUGGCUACAACAAUCGUCCACCGCUAAUGUGGCUGUGGCGCUUUACUUCGAUUCCUAUCUGGACGUGCACUCUAGCUUGAAUAACCAUGCCAAAUGCUUCAGCAUCGACAAUAUUGGUGGGUUUCAGUGCAAUGACUUGGCCAAGGAAGAAAUCUGCAGCAUCGCAGCCUUGCCCGAGGUCCGAGAGAUCGUUGUGAUCGUUCCUUCCGAUUCCGACUUCACCCCCAAGCCUGCUGACGCCCUAACGACGACUGCUGCAACCACAAAUCUUUGCCCCCUCAACAUCAUCCCUAAGCAUAACACCACCGCGGCUGCCCCUACCACCACGGCCUCCCAGGAUAAAAUAACGCCCAGCGUGGUUCAAUGGCUACAACAAUCGUCCACCGCUAAUGUGGCUGUGGCCCUUGACCUCGUUUCCCACGUGAGCGGGCACACUAGCUUGUACAACCAUGCCAAAUGCGUCACCCUCGACGCUGUUGGGGGGGUGUUUCAGUGCGACGCCUUGACCAAGAAAGACAUCUGCAGCAUCGCAGCCUUGCCCGAGGUCCGAGAGAUCGUUGUGAUCGUUCCUUCCGAUUCCGACUUCACCCCCGAGCCUGCUGACGCCCUAACGACGACUGCUGCAACCACAAAUAUUUGCCCUCUCAACAUCAUCCCCAAGCAUAUCACCGCUGCCGCUACGCCUAGCGCGUGUGACAACCCUGGGAGAUGA